GAGCAGAGUGAUUAUUAGGCAAUUCUUGCCUAGAAGGAGCUCAGAUGUGUGGAGUAAUCAAAGGAUUACCUUUAAUUUGUAAGCCAGACAAAGAGGGCGAGUUCCAUAGGGAAGUCUCAUGAACUGACCUCGACGUUCUCUCUCACAGGAGAGUGGCCCAUGCUGAGGCUGGUCAACGGCCCUGGAAGAUGCUCUGGGCGGGUGGAGGUUUCCUACCAGGGCAGCUGGGGGUCGGUGUGCGGCGAGGGCUGGAGUCUGAAGGAGGCGCACGUGGUAUGCAGGCAGCUGGGGUGCGGCUGGGCAGUGUCCACGCCUCCCGGUGCCCACUUUGGCCCAGGCUUCGGGAAGAUUCUCCUGGACAACGUGCACUGCAGCGGCGAGGAGAGCCACCUGGCCCUGUGUGCCCACGACACCUGGUUCACUCGCAGCUGUGGUCACGAGGCAGACGCUGGAGCCAUCUGCUCAGGUGAGGGGUCCCAACGACUCCCCGUCAGAAUGGAUCAUGACAGCAAAUGAGCAGUGAGGCAGGGCCCCCCUCCCAAGAGGGCUGGUGGUCUCCUCUGCACAUUAACAGUUUUCAAAACCUGGUUCCCUCCAGGGGGAUUUGGGCUCUUUCUAUGUCCCAUUCUGUUGUUGUUCAAUCGCUAAGUCAUGUCCAACUCUUUGCGAUCCCAUGGACUGCAGCACAC